AAUGUCUUUUGGUACUUCUUCCCGUGCAUUUACUACCAGUAUAUACUUUCUUCUCACACCCACCAAACCCAUCAUUGAGCUUUAACACACAAUAGUCUCCACUAGCUAGAACUUUACUUCAUUGCUCACUCCAAAUUCCAUGGAUUUCCAAUGGCUUCACCAUCUCCUUUCCAUCUACCUCUCCCUCACAAUCGCCAUGUCAAAAUCAUUUCUCUUCUUUUUAUCCUAUCUCAAACGCUUCCCCUUCAUCGUAACAAUCCUCGAUGCUCUCCUAUCGAUCUUCUACCGUUUUCACGGCCUGUCACCAUGCACCGUGGACUUAGACGACCAGACCACGAUGCACUACUGGACCGCCACCCACAGGCGGUUCAAUAAGCCCAGUCUGGUCUUGGUCCACGGAUAUGGCAGCACUGCAAAAUGGCAGUUCUAUCGCCAGGUGGGCCAACUGUCUCGAACCUUCAACUUGUACUUACCGGGGUUGCUGUUUUUCGGGGACUCAUACACGAACAGGGACGACCGGACGGAGGUGUUCCAAGCAAGGUGCGUGUGCGAGGGGCUGAAGAGAUUGGGCGUGGAGAGGUUCUCGCUGUAUGCGAUCAGCUACGGCGGAUGGGUGGGGUAUCGGAUGGCAGAGAUGUAUCCGGAGAUGGUGGAGAAGGUUGUGAUCGUGAGCAGCGGCGUCGGGCUUACGGAGGAGCAGAAGGAAGAGCACCUGAGCAAGGUUGGGAUGGACGUUCGGGAUUUGUUUUGUCCGGAGAAGCCCGAGCAUCUACGGUCCCUGGUGAAUCUGACCAUGCACAAGUCCAAAAUGGGCAAGUGGCUCCCGGAUUUCUUCCUCAACGAAUACAUCAGAGUGAAGUGUAAGAAGUAUAGGAAGGAGAGAAUAGAGCUGGUGGAAUACCUUUUGGCAAAGAAAGCAGAUUCUCAACUCCCCAUUCUAACUCAGGAAACACUACUUAUUUGGGGUGAUCAGGACAAAGUCUUCCCUCCAUAUUUGGCCUAUCAAUUGCAAAGGCAUUUGGGUCCGAAAUCGAAGGUAGAGAUAAUCAAGGGAAUUGGACAUGCAGCUAAUAUUGAAGCUGCUGAUGACCUGAACGAUUUGAUCGAGUCAUUUGUUUUAAGUUAGCCCCAAGCUUAUCGCUUAGGAUUUCAAUUAAAAAAAUUGCCUGUCAAUCUUGUUUCAUUAGCCUAAAUGGGUUAAUUUGUCUACAUUUUCAUACUUGAAAGUGACAACUGACAAGUUAUAAUUUCCACUUCGUUAUA